AUGCACCAUGGUAAAACAAUUGAUCCUGAUAGUGGUGCCGCCCGAAAACCAGAGAUUGUCACAUUUUACAAUUGCACAAAGGGUGGGGUUGAUGUAGUAGAUGAGAUGUGUGUCACAUACUCAACAGCCAGGAAAACCAACAGAUGGCCCCUUUCAGCCUUUUUUCAUCUUCUGGAUGUGGUUGGGGUCAAUAGUUUUGGCAUAUCAUCGUACAAUGAAAAAGGGGAUCAGCGCUUGAUGAGAAAAACUUGGCUCAAAGAGUUAGCCAAGGAACUUGUUUCUCCAUACAUGCGAUCUCGACUGCUGCUGCCGAAGAGGAGCAAGCCGAACAAGAUUCAAGAAAAAGGAAGACAUGUAAAUUAUGUGCGAGAACUGGUAACAAAUCUUAUCACACUUGUGCGAUUUGCAAAAUAUACAUCUGUGGAAAUCAUGGCAAACUUACAUGCCUGA